UUUUCGUCGUUCAAUGAACGAUACAAUAAUUUUGAUUCAGUAACGGAAUAAGAUUUUACCGUAAAAAUGUACAUUGAUGCAUAGUCAAAAUACCGUUUAUAUGAAAAAUGCUGUUGAAGCAAAAGCGGAUUUCGAACAUGUUCAAAAAUCUACGAUCGUCAUUUAGUAAUAGAACAUCGUAGCAGCUGUGUUUUUGUUAUUGUGACGUAUGUACGACUAUUUCGACUAUUUUCGAAGCGGCGCGCGAAAACACGUGAGAUAAACAAAAGAGUUUGAAGUUGCAGUUCGAAAAUGGAAAUCAUGGUGCAAAAGAAUCGUUCAAAUGUCGGUAGCGAUAUGACGAACAUAUGCAAUUCUAAAAGGCGGAAAAAACUAGCGAGUUUUACAGCACAGCAGAAGUUGGAUAUUUUGAAAAAAAUUGAUGAAGGUUUUUCUAUUACAAUGGUCGCUUUAGAAAAUAAUGUGGACACAAGUACGGUUAGAAAGUGGAGGAAUAGUCGACAGAAAAUUGAAAAAUGCAGCGAAAUAUCAACAGAAGCAAAACGAAUCCGUUCUGGUCGCGCCGAAAAAGUUAACGAGGCUCUGUACAUGUGGUUCACUGAAAUGUGGGCAAAGGGUUAUCCCGUAACUGGUACAAUUAUAAAAGGAAAAGCUCUCGAAUUCCAUGAAAGAUUUGGCGCUGAGGAGAAAUUUUAUGCCAGCGACGGAUGGCUGAGUCAUUGGAGACAAAAGUAUGGCAUCCGCCAGUUAUCAAUUACAAGCGAAAGUUCCUCUCCGAAUUCUGAAUCGGCUGAUAAUUUUAAAUCUCAGUUGAGGACAAAAAUAGCAGAUGAGAACUUGAAUGCGAGUCAAAUUUUCAACGCCGAAGUCACAGGUCUUAAUUAUAAAGUUAUGCCAAAUGAAACACUGACAAACGAUGGAGAAAGAUCUGCACUUGGAUUCAGUCAGAAUAAAGACAAAUUAACAGUAAUGCUCUGUUGUAAUGCCGACAGCUCGCUCAAAAUACCGCUUCUUAUUAUUAAGAAAUCGUCGAAGCCUAAAGGUUUGAAAAAUUUAUUGCCAAAUAUUCUGCCAGUCUACUAUACGCGGCAAAAAAGUGCUUGGAUGAAUUCUGUUAUUUUUGAAAAAUGGUUUAAAGAGGAAUUUGUACCAAGAGUCUCCGAUUUCUUAAGGGUCAAGGGCUUGCCUCAAAAAGCCAUGCUUCUGAUUGGUAAUGCGCCAUCUCAUCCAUCAACGGAAGUGUUAACUGUUGGCGACAUUACAACCAAGUUCUUACCACCUAAUGUCACAAGUUUAAUUCAACCUAUGGAUCAAGGUAUCAUAGAGAAUGUAAAAAGACGAUACAGAAAUAAACUUCUCAUGCAUAUAUUGAACGACCAAUGCGAUGGCAAAGAGUUGGUCGAAUCUUUGAAAUUAAUCAACAUUAAGAAUGCUGUUCUUUGGGCAAGUGAAGCUUGGGAUGAAAUCAGUUCAGAGACAAUUGUAAAAUGUUGGAAAAAUUUGAUGCUAGGUAUUCCUGAAAACGAAUUACAUGUUACAUCUGAUGCAGAAGAGGAAAUAAGUUCCGAAAAAAUUCACCAAAUUGCGAAUAGAAUAAAAAGUUUGGAAGAUGUUAGUUUAGAUGUGAUAGAUGAUUGGAUAUACAAUGAUGAUUCUUCGCUAAUCUUUCCAUCGGACGAAGACAUCGUUGAAGCAGUGAACAACAAUAACAGCGAAAAUGGUUUUAUUCUCAAUUCUUUCAGAGUCUGACACCGAUAAUUUUGAAGAAAAUCAAGUUUCACCAUUGCAAGCAUGCAGGGCAGCAGAGUGCCUUACAACGUUUUUUCAGCAAAAUGGGGCAAUUUCCAAAGCAGACAUGGCCGUUUUGAGAAAAGUGAAAGAAAAGAUACUCCAGAUAAAAAACCAAAUUUAGUCAUUACUAUACUUAAGACUAUGUAAAUAUUGUACACACAUUAAGUAAUUUUCAAAUAAAGUUCUACAC